AUGGAAAAAUUCUGGAUAAUCGAGAUGAUUACUAAAGGGGUUCUAGACCGGGUACUACAUUCUAUUCCCUAUGGCACUCAAAACGUCGAUGGGUCUGGGGAUGCUGUGACGGAAAGAUCAAUGUUCUGGUGCGCAUCUAUGACUAAGAUCGUCACGGCUGUUGCUGUUAUGGUUGCUGUUGAAAAGGGGCUAGUAGGCUUGGAUGAUGACGUCGGGGCCAUCUUACCCGAGCUGGCUGAGCCAGAUAUAAUCGUCGGGUUUGAAGAUGGUAAUGAUGCUGUCAAUUCAUCUGUCAAGAGAUGGGCGGAGUAUCACAAUCACACCGCUACCACUGAUGUAACAUCCAGGGAAACGUACCAUCUGCCUUUGGCUUUUGAGCCGGGAAAAUCCUGGGGCUAUGGCCCUGGAGUUGACUGGGCUGGCUGUGUAGUCGAAAAAGUUUCAAAUCAGAAGCUCGGGGAUUUCAUGCAAGAGAAUAUCUUUCAAAAACUCGGUAUCACGGCAACCACGUUCCAUCCUGAAAAUCAUCCUUUGUUCAACGCAAGACGUGUUGAACUUUGUCAACGAGCACCGGAUGGGAGCCUAUCCACGAUUCCAGUCCCAUACACAAUCCCAGCGAAGGAUGAUUUGGGCGGUAUUGGUUUAUACUCGACGCCCAAGGAAUUUACCAGAUUCUUGCAGAUGAUACUUCGCAGUGGUGAGAACGUGUUGCGACCCGAAAGCAUCAACACGAUUCUUUCUCCCCAGCUCGAGUGUAAUAAAGAAAUAAACGCAAUUCGAGACCGCGGCCCAAAGAUCAUGAGUCGCCUUGUUAACCCGGGAAAGGUGAUUGAUAUGGGUCUGUCAGCAAGUAUCAACCUGGAUCGAGUCCCGGGUGCUCGUUACCCAGGAUCUAUCUCCUGGGCUGGGGCUGCAAACGCCUUCUGGUGGUUGGAUAUGAAAGCUGGUAUCUGCGGUACCCUCUUUAUGCAUUCGUUUCCUCCUUUCGAUAUUGCUGCUUUGGACCUGCUGGAUGAACUUGAAGCUGCAGCAUACAAAAUUGAGGGCCUCUAG